AUGAAUUCUCCAAAUUCGGACAAGGACUGUGGCGCUCUGGAAAACGCGACCAAACAACUGGAUCAUGUCAUCGAUCAAGCUCGCCACAAACAUAGCCAACAUCGCAACAAAUUCAAAGAAGCUAUCGACUAUCUUGAUCAGAUUUUCGAGGAUCUCAAAAAGGAAUGCGAUACGGGUGGCGAGGAUGUCUUGGAUCGUACUCCAAGGUCUGCAGGUACGUCGACCACGACGACCACUCCACGUACUGUCAAUUCAGACUCCAUACGACGGCCUACUGUUCUACAUCCGACCCCAUCAAAACCGUCCACCAGUACUCCGAAAAGAGCCGUUCGACCGGUUAAACCCGUUCAGGUGAUUAUAGACUCUUCGCCAAUUUUUCUUAUGGCACUUGUUUGCUCAUUCGGUGUUCAACUACUUAAAACCUUACUGGAAGGGUUGAAGUCAAGGAAUGGAGUUCUGAAUUCGGGAGAUUUUCCUGGAAUCGGUACAGUUGAAAUGGAUGACGAUAAGCCUCCAUCGCCAGUCGAGGUCGUUUUACCGAAGCCACCGGUCGUUGCUGAUUCUGAAACAGCAGAGGUAGACGUCGCUGAAACGAUCGUUCUACCGAAAAAGACCGACAAACUGGAUUUCACCAGAAGAUGGCUACACGACGAUUUGUCGUCGUUGGCUUUCCAACCUCCCGCACCUGUUAUGUUCUUCCCCGAACCGGUACGUCUUGAUUUCAUAAAUAAACUGAUUUUCGUCUGA